UUUACCCCUCAGGAGUAGAUCUUGGUUUUUUUUCACCAACAGUGAGAAGUUUAUCGUUGCUUAUUAUGGAACGGACUGAAAUGAACAGAUAUGUGUCUAUAUGACCGAAGAAGACAUCAGUGAUUCGAUUUAGUGAUUGAUAUCGAGUUAUUUCUAAUGCCAGGAAGUGCUGAAAAGAGGGUCAGAGGCAGUGAUCAACGUAAUCAUGGCAGAGCAGAGCAGAUGGACCAGGUGUCGUACCGGUCACUGGUGGGCAGUGAUGACAUCACAGAUGAGUCAGCGUCGCUGGUGGAGGACAGGUGGAGCUCUGAUGAAGACGAGAUGUCUGACCCUCAGGGGCAGUGUCUCGCAGCUCCACAAACUCCCCUCCCAACCUACAAACAGAGGUUUGAUGAAUUCAAGAAGCUGUUUAAAGAACUGCCAGAGUCAGAGAGACUAAUAGUGGACUACCCCUGUGCACUCCAGCGGGACAUCCUCCUUCAGGGACGCCUCUACCUCUCAGAAAACUGGCUCUGUUUCUAUAGCAACGUGUUCCGGGGUACCAAGAUUAUCCUGACACUGAAGGACAUAGUUACUAUGACCAGAGAGAAAACAGCUCGGCUUAUUCCCAACGCCAUCCAGGUCUGCACAAGCACAGACAAGUUUUUUUUCACAUCCUUCUCGGCAAGAGAGAAAAGUUACCUCGGAGUUUUCCGCAUGUGGCAGAACACACUGUUGGACAAGCCUCUGACCAGUUUGGAGUUGUGGCAGAUGGUCAAACAGCAUUAUGGCUAUGAUCUGGGUCUGAGCCAUGAAGAGAUGGAGAGUUUACAGAUAUCAGCAGAAUCAAGCAUGCAGACCAGCCUGACUGUGAGGCCUGGUGGUGAUGAUAGUCUCGGAAAGCUGGAGCGGACCCCCUCCAUGCGCCUCCCUGGGGUGGAUCACGGGCCUCUAGAGACUUCAACGCCUCAAGGGGAGGACUUGCCCUCUCUGUUUGGCUUACAGACCAGCGCGCAGGAUGACUCCCGCAGCACCCCAUCUCAGCGACGCAGCCCCGCUCCUUCGCUGGACCGUCUGGCCCCAGAGCGGUCUUCCAAACACUCCUCACUUUCGCUCGACCUCAACGCCAAUGAGAAUGGCGUGUCUGAGCAAAGUGGCUCAGAGAGCAUUGAAGAUGUGGAGGAGCGUGUGGGUUUGCCUCAGGUGCAGGGCCGACUUUAUUUAAACAAAGUCUUCCACAUCAGCGCCACCAAGAUGUUUGAGCUGCUCUUCACUGACUCCAGCUUCAUGCGUAGGUUCAUGAACAUCAGGAAAAUAACCAACACUACCUUUACUGCUUGGCAAAAAGAUCCUUCAGGCAACAUGAAAAGGAAUCUGAACUACACAAUUACCAUCAGCAACCCGCUGAUUGGAAAGUUCUCCACUGCGACAGAGAACCAGACGCUGUACAAAGAAUCCAGGGACGGUCAUUACUACCUUGUGGACUCGGAGGUGUACACUCAUGACGUCCCCUAUCACGAUUACUUCUACACUCAGAAUCGCUACUACAUCAUACGAACCUCUAAGCGGAAGUGCCGACUCAGGGUCUACACUGAUGUUAAAUACAAGAAGCAACCAUGGGGUCUGGUCAAGUCCUUCAUCACCAAAAACUCCUGGAGUGGCAUCGAGGAUAAUUUCAGACAGCUGGAAGCUGAACUGAUGGAGGAGGAAGCCGAGAUGAACCAGGGAGGUGGAGACUCUGGGAAGAUGAGUGGGCUUCGGAGGAGGAGGCGGACCUACAGCCGGACUCUGCCAGAGCAUAUGAAGCCCAACAAACAGUAUGGACAGGAUCCUGAGCAGCACAGAGAUGGAAACAUGGGCCCCAUGGAAAUUCGAGGCCCAAACAGGUGGAGCACCACAACAAUAGUCGCUGGUAUGAGCGUUGUAUUGUUGAUCCUGACGAUGAUGAACCUGGGUCUGUUCUUCAAGUUGUGGGCGAUGGAGGACGUAGCCCACCGUAUGUUCCUAACCACAAAGCAUCGACUGAGGGAGAGGAGUGAAGCCAGCUUGGCCCCUGAAUAUGGUCCCAGACAGGGACCAGGAUAUAGGAGCAUAGAGGACAUGCAGCUGCUGAAAACUGUUCUUCAGGACUCCAUCAACCUUUUAGAGCAGCUCCGCAGCUCUCUGCUGGUGUUGCAGCAGAACUUCGCUUUGCCCAAUCGCACAACAGCCCCACAGUGACGCUUCACACCUGGCGACCAAAGAGUGCCCCCAUCUCCCCAGCUGAGCAGUGAAGCGUCUCGAAGGAAAUCUCUGGUAUCCAGUGAAGUUGCUACGUAGAUAUCUCACGACGCCUGACAUGCCAACAGUUGCUGGGUGUUACACAUCCCAAUGCCUUUGGCGGGCGUCAGGUGUGAGGAUGUUUUUAAAGCUGUGGACUGAGUGCUGCUGGCUCAGAGCAAAAGGGGUCGCAGAUUUAGAUUUUUGCUGGGUGCUAUCAUUAGCUCCCUUAACUCUUUUUUUUUCACUUUUUUAAAUAUCUACAUUUGAUUUCAGAAAACUCUCUCCUGAGGUACCUCUCUAUAUUCAGAUGAGCCUCUUGCCUCACCAAAUAAGCUGCUGUAAAUAAUUUUAUUUUGUUUUAGUUAAGGGAAAUGAAUCACUGUUAUUUAAAAGGACUAUUUUCUGUACUUAAAUGUUUGCACAUUUUAAUUUUUUGCACAAGUGCCUCAUAGGUAAAGCUAGGUUUUUAGAUAUCUUUAUGGAUUUUAUUAUUACCAAUAAAUAAGAAUCUGUAACACAA